CGCUGGUCUAGGAGACGACGUGGCAAAGAUGAGUCUCGCGUUCGAUGAGUUCGGGCGUCCCUUCCUGAUCAUCAAGGAGCAAGGCUCUAAGAGCCGGAUCCGCGGUAUUGAUGCGCAGAAGGCCAACAUCCAGGCGGCGAAGGCUGUGGCGCGCACGCUUCGCUCCUCCCUCGGCCCCAAGGGUAUGGACAAGAUCCUCCAGAGCGGCGACGGCGACAUCACCAUCACCAACGACGGCGCCACCAUCCUGCAGGAGAUGGAGGUGGAGCACCAGAUCGGCAAGCUGCUCGUGGAGCUCUCGCGAUCGCAGGAUUACGAGAUCGGCGACGGGACCACCGGCGUGGUGGUGCUCGCGGGUUCCCUCCUUGAGCAGGCCGAGGUGCUCCUGGACCGCGGCAUCCACCCGCUGCGAAUCGCGGAGGGCUUCGAGAUGGCGAGCAAGGUGGCCGUCGCCGAGCUCGAGCGCGUCUCGGAGACGUUUGAGUUUUCCGCAACCGACGCGGAGCCGCUCAUCCGCACGUGCAUGACCACGCUGUCGUCCAAGAUUGUCAACCGAUGCAAGCGCGAGAUGGCGGAGAUCUGCGUCAAGGCCGUGAUGGCCGUGGCGGACUUCGAGCGACGGGACGUGAACCUCGACCUCAUCAAGGUUGAGGGGAAGGUUGGCGGCAAGCUCGAAGACACCGUGCUGGUCAACGGCAUCGUCCUCGACAAGGACAUCUCGCACCCGCAGAUGGCGAAGGUGAUCAAGGAUGCCAAGAUCGCCAUCCUCACCUGCCCGUUCGAGCCACCCAAGCCCAAGACGAAGCACAAGAUCGACAUCGACACCGCGGAGAAGUACGAGGAGCUCCGCCAGCAGGAGGAGAAGUACUUCAAGGAUAUGGUGCAGCAGUGCAAAGACAGCGGCGCCACGCUGAUCAUCUGCCAGUGGGGAUUCGACGACGAGGCGAACCACCUGCUGAUGCACGAGAAGCUCCCCGCCAUUCGCUGGGUCGGCGGCGUGGAGCUCGAGCUCCUCGCCAUCGCCACCGGCGGCCGCAUCGUCCCCAGGUUCCAGGAGCUCACCCCCGAAAAGCUCGGCUCGGCGGGUUCCGUCAAGGAGGUUUCCUUCGGCACCACCAAGGACAGGAUGGUCGUCAUCGAGGACUGCGCCGCGUCCAAGGCCGUCACCGUCUUCGUCCGCGGAGGUAACAAGAUGAUGAUCGAGGAGACCAAGCGCUCCCUCCACGACGCCAUCUGCGUCGCGAGGAACCUCGUGCGAUCCAACAAGAUCGUCUACGGCGGCGGCUCCGCGGAGCUCGCGUGCGGCAUCGCGGUUGAGGAGGCGGCGGACAAGAUCCCCGGCGUGGAGCAGUACGCCAUGCGCGCGUUCGCCGAGGCGCUCGACGCGGUCCCGACGGCGCUGGCGGAGAACAGCGGCCUGCCCCCCAUCGAGACGGUGGCGAUGGUCAAGUCGCAGCAGCUCAAGGAGAAGAACCCGUACCUCGGCGUGGACUGCAAGGAGACGGGAACCAACGACAUGAAGGAGCAAGGCGUGUUCGAGACGCUCAUCGGGAAGCAGCAGCAGAUGCUGCUCGCCACGCAGGUGGUGAAACUCAUCCUGAAGAUCGACGACGUCAUCACCUCGGGUAAGUACGAUUAAGCACGUGCACGGCGCGGGGGAUUGGGUGACGAGGGGCGUCGGGGCGCCGCAGCAAAAUAGAAUUCUUUGUCCGUUGAAAGGAACCUGGUUUC